AUGUCACCAAAUGGAAGCAAUGCCCGCCAGGUGCAAAUUCCGGCUGUUGUAUUUUUGGUUCUGUGUCCUCUGAUUGUUGCAAUCCGAUUUUGGGGCCAUACUCGUGGUUCUGUGAACCACUUGGGAAUUGAUGACUGGACCAUACUUGGCUCCUUGGCGUUUGCUAUAGUGGUAUCUGCCCUCAUGUUGGCUUGUAUGUCCUGUUCACCCUCAGAAAGAUGUUUUCUAAGAAAUUUUCAGCGUGUGAUUAUGGAUUCGGAAAGCACAUCGCAACUCUAUCUCCAACGGAGAAGAAGAUGACACUCAAGGUAAUGGUUGCAAAGCAGUAUUGGAGUUCGUAGUAAGCUGAUCGCAGCAAGCUGUUUUACGUUGCACAAGCCUUCUAUAAACUCAAUAUCAACCUCACGAAAUGUUCGAUCCUGUUAUUGUACCUCCGAAUAUUUGUCCAGAGGCCGUUCCGCAUUCUCUGUUGGAUCCUUCUUGCAAUCGUGCCCACCUACGGUAUUGCUUCAACUUCAGCAUCGAUAUGGCAGUGUAAUCGUAAGUCAAGCAAUGAUUCGGAAUGGAAAUUGGUAUGACCUGGCAGCUUCAGCAAUACCACGGGCAUGGGAUAAAACAAUCCAAGGAUCAUGUAUCAACAUUACAGCAAGUUGGUUUGCAAAUGCGGGGUUCUCUAUUGUAACAGAUAUUAUCAUACUGGCAUUACCGAUGCCACUGGUCUAUUCUCUGAAGUUGGAAAAACCCCAUAAAGUGGCUUUGGCUCUUGUUUUUGCGCUGGGAGGAUUGUAAGUCAUGCCGAUUUAACGGGGAUUUAAAUUAAUUCGUAAAAAGUGUAGUGGUAACGUCGGUACUUCGAUCGACGACUCUUCACUUUUCUUCUACUAGUAUGGACACUACGUGUAUGUUGCUCCCCUUCUUCAUGCUCCUGGUAGACUCACAUUGCCGGAUUCGAUUAACUGAAAGUACCAGAUGACAUCGCCUCUUCCAUAUGGACGAUUAUCGAAUCAAACAUCGGCAUUAUUUGUGCAUGCCUCCCUAUAUGCAAGAUCCCCUUUCGAGGAAUCAUAACAGCAAUCUUCCCAAUGAAUGGCAGAUCGCAGAUAUCCGGCGAAGAGUCGUACUACGCGACGAGUAGCCACGCGGGAAAAAAGGAAUGGACAUCCAAAUCCGCACCAUCAACUGAUGUUGAGCUGGGAAAACUUUCACCUCAGCGAUGUGAAAGCGAAGAGCGUAUUCUGCACAAUUUUGAAUAUCGAGGGAAAACCUAGUUCGAGGUUUCAAAAGAAUGUACUUCCACAGACCAGCCUAGCACCUA